AUGUCUGAAGCCGUGUUCCAGCCCUGGGAGACUAUGGAGUGUUCUGCGAGGGCGGGAGAUGCUACGCCAGCUACUUACGAGAUUCGUCUCCGCGCUCAGCACAGUUCCAGCCAUUCCAUUUCUGGUUCUUCGGGACUGUCUCCAAUUACGCACUUAGAAGGAUUAGCACGUGACUAUUCGUACCCUAAAUCAUUCUACCCAUCCAUAACGUUUGCGGUUGAGGAUAGGUCACGUGAUGACCACUUGACAAGUGAGACGAUCCUGUAUAACUUCGCCCCUUCCACGUACUGGCAGGAGUACGUCAGAACCUACUGGCAUCUGAGGACUAUGCAGGUCAUGCAUGAAUGGUCAAAGGAAGCAGCUUAUUAUAAAAAUCUUGACCGUACUGAUCCAUAUGACUUAUCACUACCAAAGAAGGAUCAUUCAACUUUGCCUUCUCCAACGGCUGCUAAGCUUAAUCUAAAGACUUCUAAAAAGGAUAAGAGAGUAGCCAACGAGAACUAUCCUCCUACUGACAGUCGAAGAAGAAUAUACAAACGGACUGUUUUCUCUCAGAAACAGCUGAGGAAACUAACCAGAGUAUUUAAGACCAGCAAAUAUAUCAGCGGCAAGCAACGGCACAGCCUGGCUCAGCAGCUGGGAGUCAGCGGGACCGUUGUUAAUAACUGGUUCCAUAACCAAAGGGCGAAACUUACAAGAUUAUUAUCUAAGUAA